UGGCAAACCAUUUUCACGUGAGGCCGGCCAUAGCCCCCACCCCCAGUGCGGUGGAGCACUUUCAGACGACAAGGCUUCACUGUCCCCGUCCUCGCCGGAGAGCAUUCGCGGCUGCGCUGCUCUGAUUCCACCCCGCCCGCCGUCUCCGCCGCGCCAGCUCUACCCUCCACUGUAAUCUGCCAUAGAAGAUGGACUCGAAGAAGGUGUUUACUGCUGGUAGUCUGACUGAUGAUAUAGUGGUGGAAAUCCUCUCUCGGGUGCCGUACAAGUCUUUCUGCCGCUUCAAAUGUGUCUCGAAGGCAUGGCUUGCCUUCUCCUCUGAUCCACACUACUGCCAGAAACUGCCAAAGAUUCCCACUGGUCUUUUUCACAAAGGCAAAGACGGGUCUGUUGUCCAGCUUCUUAGCCUGUCCCCAAAUGACGAGGGAAUUGAUGGAGCUCUUACAUUCUUGCCGCACCAUGAGCAUUUGGAAUUUGUGGACUGUUGCAAUGGCCUAGUUCUUUGUAAGUAUAAGAGCAGCUAUACUUCUCCAGAUAUUUGCCGCUUCAUCGUGUGCAACCCGGCAACGCGAGAGUGGCAGACGCUUCCUGAUACCCAUUCUGAACUAGUUGGUCCAGAAGACUCCAUAUAUACAACUUUUUUGGCCUUUGAUCCAUCAUGGUCGGCGCAGUUCUAUGUCUUCAACUUUGAGGAGAGGUUCAACAAUGAUAGUUGGUUAGGUGGUGUCAAGAAACUUGAGGUGUUUUCGUCUGACCUAUCCAUGUGGCUUGUGGAUGCUGCAUGGAGUUCUGGUAUACAGGUUUGCAAAUCUCAUGGCUUUAUAGGUGGAGUGUUGUAUGUGAACACAUAUGACCAUCAGACUCUGGUGUUGGAGGGCUUGGAGGCAAUAAGUUCAGGCAUACCGCCCCGUCAUUUCACUAUCAAGAUGCCGUAUGACCCUAUGAGACCCGUCAAUGGUUGCUUUGGCCAAUUAUCGGGGUUCUUGCAGUAUGCAUUUCCAGAGGAGAGUGGUGAUACAGUUGCAGUUUUCGGUCUUGAUGCUGAUCGUCCUUACAAAUGGUCUUUGAAGAACCGUCUUCACAUAAGAGAUGCAUUUGGAAGGGAUGACCUUUUUUACCGUGUUGGAUUCUUCCGCUGGCUUAUUUAUAGGGUUGUGGCUCUUGACCUGGAAAGAGAAGUUUUAUUCCUCGUCGACACACAUGCAGAGAAACUUUUGUCGUACAACAUCAACACUGGGAAACAUAGCGUGAUCCAUAGCGUGAUCCAAGAUGAUUGCCUUCUGGGCGACUCAGGGUACUGUUAUUACGUAGCGUGCUACUCAAAGCUUCCAGGCUAAGCCAUGUAUGUGAUGUAGUGAGCUGUAGCAUCUCUUGUGUGAACCUCCUUUUUACCAUUUUGUUAUCGGAGAGGCUGCACGUGUUUUUCUCUAUUUCAGACGUAGCCAAGGAACUUGUUAAUUAUUCGGGUAAUAGUUGACAACCAUGCCCAUGUUGUGGAUGUUUGUGUCUGCAAAUGGGUUUAGCUGCCAACAGAACAUUGCAUUUAAGCAACACGUGUUUUUCUCUCUUUGAGAUGUAGGCGAGAAACUUGUUAAUUAUUAUGGUUCUAGGUGACAACUAUGCUCAUGUUGUGGACGUUUGUGCCUGCAAAUGGGCUUA